GAGUCGCUCGCCAGUCGCUAGCUGAAUCUCCGAUCGGUCGGUCGAGCUGUCUCCGGGACAUAACAACAAAAAAUACAUAGCAAAAAGAAAACGAAGACUAACAACAAAAAACUGAUAUAAACCAAGGCAAAGUGCUAAUAAAACGAGCAACAUGCGCUGCCUGGCAUUGAGCUGGCUCUUGCUGUGCCUGUGCCUGUGCCUGGGCCUGACAGCCGCCUACAAGAGCGAGGUGCAGAUCACACCGGAUCCGCUGGACUCGCUAACGGAGACGACCACCAAGAAGUCAAGUUGGUUCGGCGGCUUCAAGAAGUUCUUUGGCAGCGAUGGCACCACCACCACAACCACCACCACGGAGCGUGGUCGCAUCUCGGUCACCACUCCUACUCCGAAUCCCAAGCUGGCGGUGACGCCCACAUCGCCGCAGAAGCCACCGCCGCUGGUCAUCUCGCAUGCGCCGCUGAUGCCGCUGGGACCGCGACCGGACACGCCGGGAUCCUCGCCCUUCGGUGCCUCACCGCCGCCGGCCAGUGGUCCCCAGUGGCCCACCGCCACCUCCAGCACAAAGCCACCCCAGCCGCAGCAGCCACCGCAGGUGCCCGCAGCGGGUCGUCCGCAGGCAAAUGGAGCCCCACCAGCUGGAGCUCCGAAUCUGCCGCCGGGCUUUGCACCCUAUCGUCCGCAGAAGCCGCAGCCGAAUAGCUACGAUCUGAGCUACGGCGGAGGACCAGGUGCGGGGACAGGACGUCCUGGUUUCGGACUGGCUGGCACCACAACUACUACAACUACAACGACGACGACCACCCAGCGACCCAAGUCGCCGGGAGUGCAGCCCAACAUCGAUGUGCGCUUCUCUGGGUCUAGCACCACCACAGCCAGGCCGCAGCAGCAGAAGGAGGACUUCCCGGCGCUGCCAGGACCUCGCAGGCCAUCCCAGAAAGAGGACUUCCCAGCCCUGCCGCCGGUAAAGACGCCUCCAGGUUCACCCACGCCGACGCCCGGUUCUCCAUCCGCUUGGAACUCUCCCCUGCCAACGCCCCAGCAUCCGGUGCAUCCGGCACAGCCCACCAAGAGCUCAGCCAUACCAACGCCUACAUCAGUACCAACGAAAUUCACGCCCACACCCUCUCAUGCCGGAGGAUCCUUUGGCGGCGGCACCACUAGCACAGUGCGACCUGGCUUCCAGUCGUCGGGCAACUCGGUGGCCACCGACGACGAGAUCCGCCAGUUGACCGAGCAGCUGUACGCCAAGGAGACCAACAGCCAAAUCGGAAACAUCCAGGUGAAUGUCCAGGGACGCACGCGGUCCAUUGACAGCGCUGACGAGGCUCCAAAUCCUCUCCUCCAGGUGGACUCGAAGGCCCUGGAGUCGCCAACGAUCGCCAAGAUGCGUCUGCUGUUCAACAACUACGAGCACGACACGCUGGUCAACGAGCAUGUGACCCCCAACGAGCGCAAGGAGGAGAAUGACUUCCUGGACGCGGUAAUGGCCACGCCGGUGAUGCGCCAGGCGAUGCUCUUCCUGCAGCAGAAGGGUCUGCUCAGCCCCGAUCCGAAGACGCACCGGGAUCUGGUCAAGGAGCUGUGGUUCACACAGUACUCCCGCGGCCAGGGCAAGAUCGGUAGCUCCGGCUUUGAGCAUGUCUUCGUGCACGAGGUGAAGGACGGCACCAUCAUUGGCUUCCACAACUGGGUGUAUAUCGGUGAUGAGGAGCAGGGUGGCCGCUUCGACUACAAGGGUUACAUGAAGGAGCAGGACAUUGGCACGAAGGGCAAGAUCCUGAAGAUUCGGUUCUCGCAUCAGGGGCUCAACAAGCCCGUCAACACCGUCUUCGUGGGCACCUCCCCGGAACUGGAGCUGGCCCUGUAUACGGUCUGCUUCCAGCUCCGGCCGGACCGCACCUGCCCGGUGUCCCUGGGCAACAGCAAGUUCGGCAUUAUCACCUACUCGUGGCGCUAUAGGGGUAAGAACCUCAUUGGCAGCGCCUAUCCGGAGAUUUGAGAUUGGAGCGCGAUAGCUUCUCGCGUAGUCAAAGUAGCAGUUUUUUUUCCCUGUCGAUAUAAUAAAUAAAGAAAAUUUAUGAAAACUUA